AUGGGAUUGACUACUAUCAAGAUUAACACACCGCCACCAUACUUGACGUUGUCUCGCGAUGAGUAUUUGCCAGUAGUAUUGACAGUCGCAGGAUCUGAUUCGAGUGGUGGAGCUGGUAUUGAAGCCGAUACAAAGACCAUUACUGCUCACAGAUGUUACGCCAUGACCUGUGUUACGGCGCUGACUGCACAGUCGCCAGUUGCAGUGAGUGAUGUUCAUCCAAUUCCAAAGGAAUUCGUUCAAAAGGUAUUAGAUGUAAAUUUGGCUGACAUGAAAUGUAAUGUUAUCAAGACAGGCAUGCUUACUGUUGACGCCGCCAGUGUAUUGAGUGCGAAGCUGCAGAGCAUGGCCGAAAAAGAGAGACCAAAACUAGUGGUUGAUCCAGUUCUGGUGGCUACCUCUGGUUCUGCUUUGGGGGAUUCCAAGCUUGUCGAGGUAUUGAAGAAGGAGCUCACUCCAUUGGCUGAUCUCUUGACUCCAAACAUUCCGGAGUGUUUUGAACUUGUAGGCGAGAAAGUGGAAAUCGGUUCUCUGGCACAGCUCUGUGACCUCGCGGAGAGGGUAUCCAGGGUUACGAGCUGCUCCAAUGUGCUGGUGAAAGGCGGCCAUAUACCUUGGGAGGACGAGCAGAAGAAAUACAUAACCGACGUUCUGUAUGUCGGUUCGGAAGGGAAAUGCAUCGUAUACAAGGGCUCCUACGUUGACACAACCCAUACCCAUGGGACUGGAUGCACGUUGGCGUCUGCCAUAUCCUCGAACCUUGCUCGCGGGUACUCUCUGGGACAGGCCGUUUAUGGAGGCAUCGAGUACGUCCAAAACGGCAUCGCCAUCGGAUGCGAAGUGGCCAAGGACCACGUUACCGCUAACGGCCCCAUUAAUCAUGUGUAUGCCAUCGAAAUACCCUUGGAAAAGAUGGUAGCUGACGAAUGCUUCAGCGCGCACGAAGUGCUGCCUAAACAAACAGUGGCAAGCCCUGUGCCUGGAGAUGGCGACUUCUUCCAAUACCUGAUUGAACACCCCAAAGUGAAACCCCAUUGGGAAAGCUACGUGAACCACGAAUUCGUCAAACAGGUCGCCAAUGGCACUCUACCACGGAACAAGUUCCGUUUCUUCAUCGAACAGGAUUACUCCUACCUGAUCGAUUAUGCCCGCGUCCACUGCGUCGCCGGCAGCAAAGCUCCGGCCUUGGAAGAUAUCGAGAAGGAACUGGUCAUCGUUGGAAGCGUGAGGAACGAAAUGGGCCAGCACGAAAAGAGACUGAUAGAAGAGUUCGGCGUCAAGGACAUGGAUUACUUCCGCAAUAUCAAGCGAGGCCCCGCAUUGAACAACUACUCCAGAUACUUCAACGACGUCGCCAGAAGAGGCAACUGGCAAGAGCUAGUGGCCUCUCUAUCGCCAUGUUUGAUGGGUUACGGUCACGCGCUUCUAAACCACGAGAAAUACAUCUCGGUAAAGGAAGGAGACGCUUACCACGAGUGGUGUCACACCUACCUGUCCACAUGGUACCAAGACGCCAUGUCCAAGGGUAAAGAGCUGCUGAACCAAAUUGCAUCGGUUUAUCCAAGAGAAGACAUUGAUACUCUGAUCACGAUCUAUGCAGAUGUCUGCGAACUCGAGACCAAGUUCUGGGACGCUGCCUUGAACUACACGGAGGACCAGACUGACUGA